GAUCGCUAGAGUAGAGAAUCUCUUUUUCACAAAUUUCAUAUAUACAGAACACAUAUACACAGAACACAUAUAUUAUCCAACCAUUCAUUUCUUGUGAGUUGUGACUGAUCACUCAAGAAGCAAGAGUUAAUCGAAAAAAGGCAACUUGAUAUAUUAUAUGAGAUGAGAAACGAAGGGCAGCAAAGGAAAGUGAUCAAGGAUGAUGAUGAGGAAGAGUACAAAAUAGAGGAUUUUCGGGAAGACAAAAAACGAGGAUGUCGUAACCUAUUGACGACAUUGUUGGCAGGGGAUGUUGGUGGGCAGGACUCUAGUCACAAUAGAGGAUUUGAUAGAGACAAGGUUGUCGAUGGCAUCAAAGGCUUCUUAAUUCUCCCACAAAACAGAUGGUACAAGGCUUGGGAGAAUUUCAUAUUAUUAUGCGCAGUUUACUCUUCUUUCUUCACACCCAUGGAAUUCGGGUUUUUCAGAGGGUUGCCGGAUCACCUAUAUCUACUAGACAUUCUUAGUCAGGCUGCGUUUUUCGGCGACAUUGUCCUUCAGUUCUUUGUUGCCUACAGAGACAGUCAGACCUACAAAAUCAUCCUUAGCCGUCGUCUCAUUGCCAUUCGAUACUUAAAGUCUCAUUUCAUCUUUGAUCUACUUGCGUGCAUGCCUUGGGACAUAAUUUACACGACUUGUGGCAGAAAAGAAGAAGUAAGAUAUCUAUUACUAAUAAGAUUGGUUCGGGCAAGAAAGGUUCAUGACUUUUUCUCCAAGUUAGAAAAGGACAUACGCAUCAAUUAUUUGUUUUCGAGAAUCAUAAAACUUAUUGCUGUUGAGCUCUACUGUACGCAUACAGCAGCAUGUAUAUUCUAUUAUCUGGCUACAACUCUCCCAGCCGCAGAAGAAGAAUACACAUGGAUUGGGAGCCUAAAACUCGGUGAUUAUAGCUACUCAAACUUUAGAGAAAUUGAUCUUUGGAAGCGCUAUAUAACUUCAUUAUACUUUGCAAUUGUUACAAUGGCAACAUUAGGUUAUGGUGAUAUACAUGCAGUAAAUUUGAGAGAAAUGAUAUUUGUUAUGGUUUACGUGUCGUUUGACAUGGUUCUGGGUGCUUAUUUAGUCGGUAACAUGACAGCAUUAAUUGUGAAAGGAUCAAAAACAGAACGAUACAGGGAUAGAAUGACAGAUCUCCUUAGAUAUAUGGACAGAAAUAGAUUAGGAAGAGAUAUACGUAAUCAGAUUAAAGGUCAUAUGCGGUUACAAUAUGAUAGCAGCUAUACUGAUUCUGUUGUUAUUCAAGACCUUCCAAGCUCUAUCCGGGCCAAGAUAUCCGAAACUCUAUACAAGCCAUAUAUUGAACAAGUUUCUCUGUUUAGGGGAUGCUCUUUGGAAUUCAUUAAUCACAUUGUGGGUAGAGUUCAUGAAGAGUUUUUCCUUCCCGGUGAAGUAAUAUUAGAACAAGGGGUUGUGGUUGAUCAACUUUACUUCGUGUGUCAUGGAAAUCUGGAAGCGGUAGUUGUAUGUGAAAAUGGAUCUGAAGAAACAAUAUCAGUUUUAAAACCUCAUGACUCGUUUGGAGAGGUUUCCAUAUUAUGCAACAUUGCCCAACCUUACACAAUUCAAGUUCAAGACCUUAGUCGAGUUUUGAGGCUUGAUAAACAAUCUUUCACUAACAUCCUUGAGAUAUAUUUUCAAGAUGGGCAGAAGAUUCUGAAUAAUCUACUAGAGGAUAAUAAAAAUGAUGCUCGCGUGAAACAUGUGGUGACAGAUAUUACGGUUCAUAUUGGAAUGCAAGAGGCAGAACUUGCAUUGAGGGUUAAUAGUUCAGCUUAUAAUGGAGACUUAUCUCAACUAAAAAGCUUAAUCCGGGCCGGGGCUGACCUAAACAAGACAGAUUAUGAUGGAAGGUCACCCUUGCAUCUUGCUGCAUCAAAAGGACAUGAAGAUAUCGUUUUUUUCCUCAUUCAAAAUGGUGUAAAAUUGAACAUUUCAGACAAUUUUGGGAAUACGCCAUUAUUGGAAGCCAUCAAGAAUGGACAUGAUACUAUUGCUUCCCUAAUUGGAAAACACGGUGGUUUACUGAAUAUUAAAGAUCCUGGUAGUUUUUUGUGUUCAUAUGUGGCAAAAGGGGACAUAGACUUUAUCAGACGGAUCCUUUCAAACGGAAUUGAUCCAAAUUCAAUAGACUAUGAUUUCCGAACUCCAUUACAUGUAGCAACCUCACAAGGAUCUUAUUUGAUUGCCAAGCUACUAGUUGAGGCUGGAGCUAGUGUUCAGUUGAAAGACAGAUGGGGUAACACACCGAUUAAUGAAGCGAGAUUAUCCGGAAACAAUACGCUGAUUAAACUGGUUGAAGAAGCCAAAUCUUUCCAGCAGUCAGAUUUCUCUUCAUGCUCCCAAGAAAAAACAGAGUCAGAUAGAAUGCCGCGAAGGAAAUGUACUGUUUACCCAUUUCAACCAUGGGAACCAAAGGAUCAAACCAAGUAUGGAGUUGUACUAUGGGUUCCAGAAAACAUCGACGAGCUCAUGAAAACAGCAGCAACUCAUUUGAAUUUGGACCUUCUUCCCGCUUCUUGUAUUAUAACAGAAGAUGCCGGCAAAAUUUUUGAUGCAGAUAUGAUUAUAGAUGGUCAGAAGCUCUACUUAGUCACCACCCAAGCAUGAUUUAUCAUUUAUGUAUCAGUCUUAACAUUUCAUGCUGCAAAGUUUGAUAUUGUUGCAAUAUACAUAAUUUUGGCCCAAA